AUUCAAAAAAGCACUAUUUCACAUGCAAUAUAAAUUUUUAAUAAUUUAUUUUAAAAAACAUCAAAAAAAUUGUGUUAAUAUUUGUUAUUAGACACACUAAAUUCCUAUUUAGGUAAUAAAUAAAUAAUUUUAUUUGGUAAUAAACACAUGGUUUGACACUGUUUUAACCAACAUAACCUCAACAUUGUUAAAACUAUAAAGAAUAAAAUAAUGACUGUAAUGAGUGAUAACGGGGAUAUUAGUGAUUCUAGUUACGAAGAUAUUACAGAAGAAGAAGAAAAUUUAAGUGAAAAUGAAGAAGCAGGAAAUGCAGCAUGGGCGAAUUCAAUAGCAAAGAUAUUAAAAUCUGGAAAACCAAAAAAGAAAAAGACCUUGGUACUAUCUAAAGCAAAGAAAUUAAAUGAUGAAAAACCAAGAAACACAAAUACUGUUAAAUUUGAAGUACAAGGAGAAGAUGGAGAAAUUAAAAAGGAAAUUAUAGAAACAGAAUCUAAAGUUGAUUCUAUAGUUAAAAAGAAAAAGAUUCAGUCGACAUUAAGGGUUAAACCAAACAUAUUAGAAAAAGAUCGUGAGAGAACUCUAUCUAGAAUUGCAACUAAGGGUGUGGUACAAUUAUUUAAUGCAGUUAAAACCCAACAAAAAGAUAUUGACACACAAUUAAAGGAAGCUGGACCAUUAGAAGUUAAAAGAGAUAAAGUGUUGAAAAGGGUUGAUAAGAGAUCAUUUUUAGACAUGUUAAUGGGUGAAAAUAACACAGAGAGUGGAAAAAAUACCACUUUAGAACAACCAAAAGUGGAAAAUGAUGGUACUUGGAACGUUUUACGUGAUGAUUUUAUGAUGAAAGCUAAAAUGAAAGAUUGGGAUAAAGAAAUAGAACAGAAUAUGGAAAUUGAACAAGAAUCUGAUUAAAUAAAUUUCUGUUUAUUA